AUGAAUGCGACUCUGAUGACGGUAGUAAACACAACCUUGAUCCACAUCGGCCCCUUCCUGCCGGAUCCGCCUCCAUCAAAGCCGGAGCGACAGACGGUGACGCUACGCAAGAUGCACCUGCCUUCGCACGCCGUUCACCGAGACGGCCCGUCACCAGAAGCUCGGCACCACUCUCACAUCCUCCAGCAAAACGAAAGCAAACUCCUGAAGCCUAACCCACACUGGGAUGCCAGCAACGACAGUCUUGGCGAUGAGAGCAUCAGUGCACUCGUCAAUGUCGAACUCCACCAAAACUUAAGCCUCUUGCCAGAGAUGGGCCAGCAAUACCCUCCCGUUUUCGAAAACAUUCAGCGCAAACAAUCCCGCGAAAUAUCCGCCCGACCCGAGUCGUCCCCAGGCCCUAUUAUCGAAAUCGUCGAAAGUGAACAAUCUCCUCAAGCGAAACUGGCAUCUGACGCACCUCCAGAAAUCAAUUCCACCCCAAUUACCCACCCCAAACCAAGGCCAUCGUCGAGGCUCAAGUAUCGCUCCAUCCUAGCAGAGCUCUUGGAGAAUGCAUACCGUCUAGCACCAGGAUAUAUGCUCAACGAUACUAUCAUUGAUGCCCUUCUUAACCAUGUGAGCGAAAAUGGCGUCGACUGUGGGCUUUUCACGCUGCUGUUCGCGUACCACGUUUCGGGGAUCUUCAAAGGUAUGCCAACAGACGUCACCUCGGAGACGCUCGAUUCUCAUCGCAGACACUUCCUUCACUGCCUUUUAACGUCCACCGACGCCGCUCUGUCGCCUCCUCCGAUCAAAGGCCUGGAUGUCCUUGGGAAGACUGUAGGAGAUCGCAUGGUGUCUAUCGCUCGAUACACUUUACAAAUCCGCGACCGACGCUCCUCUAUCGAGUCUCUACUCAAGCCAGGAAGUCUUUUUGGCGAUUCGACCGCAAGCAUCCGGCAGCUCCGUCAAGAUGAGGGACGUUGA